CCGAAUCAGGUUCCUGAUUUAUUUCCCGAAUUCGCCGGCAAUGUUGUAAAAUCCCUAAUCCAAAAACUAUUUAGUGGAUUUGGGGAAACAAAAAAUUUACGAACAAAGUCGUCGCCGUCGGAUUUGUAGAUCAUCAUGGAGUUCUCUUUGAUCGCCGACACAGUCACAGUUUGCACGGCUAAGCAAGGUAUCGCGUUUGGGAAAUCUCUUCUUCAAAGGUUGGAUUUGGCCAAUCACAUUUCUUUCGCCGAUUCUGUUGUUGAUAAUCAAUCUCCCGGUGGAGGAAUCGUUCAAGCAUCGGCGAUUAUCUUUCCCGUUGAUGCAAUUGCUCCUCCACCUGUCAGAUCUAGCUCUUAUAAGACAAUUCGCCGGAUCCGCAAAAAGCGACGAACCAGGCGAGUUUCGUUUGGCGGUGAUGGAGACGACGGAGGAGAUUUUGGUCGUUUUCUGUUAGAAGGUGAUUUCGGUGGUAACGACGGUCCAUUCGGAUUUGGAGGCGGAGGAAACGAUGGAGGUGGAAAGGGAUGGAACUACGGCGGCGGCGGUGGUGGUGGUUUCGGGAGGGAUAAUUGGGAUGGGUCUUCGUUUUCGUCUUGGUCAGAUCCAGCAAUGGAAUUCGUGUACGAAGUGAUCUGCUGGAUCGCGUUGUCUAAUUGUGUGCACUUUGCGUUCAAGAGGAUAGUGAGGAUUGUGACCGACGGUGAAAGGGAGAAGUUGGACAUUACAUUAUCUCCGGUGUGCUGACAAAUUCGUUGUCGUAGUGAUUCCUGCUUAACAAUAUUCUUAAUCUCAGUUCCAAUUAUAUCAUAUGAUCUCUCUCGUGUGUAUAUAUUUUUAUAUCACAUUGUACAUAUAUAUUUAAUUUCCUUUGCAAUUCACUUUAUAUUUAUAUAAUUUGUUCUGUUUAGAGGAGUGUUUAAUCAUUCAUUCA